GAGGUCCUGGAGGGAGCGGCACGGGGACAGGCCAUUGCUUUCCUCGACGGGAGCCCACUGCCCAUGUGUGGCCUCCGCCGUCUGUCACCUGAGGUGCUCCCGACAUCUUGGACACCGACAAAUGGACGGCAUGUUCCGGGGGGACAGAUAACGAGACCAUGUUUCAGAGACCACAUUUCGGAGACACCCCUCACUAAAGUCCCUACCGUGCACCGUUAGCAGCAUCAAGACACGCGAUUAGUAACAGUUUCAGAGGCCAAGUCCGUGGAAUGGGGUCGACGGCAUUUGCUGGCUGUGGAGAGCAAAGGAGGACGUGACUUCAGACAACGUUGGAAGGAUCCUGAGCCGUGGAAGGCCGCUGAGCUCACCCUGUCUACUGUGAGUUAAAUGUGUCCAUUGAAUGUGUCCCCAACAUGUCCAUGUCCUGAUCCUGGUAACCUCACGAUGGGAACUGGUUCAGAAACAGGGUCUUUGCAGAGGUGAUGAGGGGAAGGAUCCGAGAUGAGCUCGUCCUGCACCAGGGUGGCCCUAAAUCCACGACAGGGGUCCUCGUAAGAAACAGAAGAGGAGACACUGACACAGAGGAGAAUCCACGUGAGGACGGAGGCAGAGAUGGGAGGGACGUGGCCAUGGCUGAGGGACACCUGCAGCCCCAGAAGCUGGAGGAGGGAGGAAGGACCCUGUCCUGAAGCCUGUGGAGGGAGCAUAGCCCUGGCCUGCCUGGAUCUCAGUGGUCCUGCCCCGCCUGGAUCUCGGUGGUGGUUCUGGACUGCAGAGCUCGGGGGAAGAUAAGUUCCUUGGUUUUAGUCCAGUGGGUCUUGUGUGGUUUGUGAUGCUAGUAGCCCUGGGGGAUUAAUGAUACCCGUUUGUCUGUCCAUGUAAAGGGACUAGAGAGUCUUCAGUGCCUGAAAUGAGUCAUCAACGGUAGCCAUGAGCAAGCCUAUAGUUUUGGAUCCAUUCCAUCGCUGAUGGUGUAGGGAGGGAGAGGAGAGGUGUGGGCUGUUCUGGGGCUGUGUGUGCAGCAGGGACAGAAGGAGCCAGCAGGAAGCCAGCAAGGACCCUCAAGCUUUGUCAUCCCCUUAAUAGGACUAGCGGGAUUUUCUGGAGUGAUCCGCCUCUGACUGUCACUGGGCUUCUGGCAAGGAGCUCGGACAGCGGCUCGGAGCCACCGGCCGCCCCAGCGCUUGCCAACAGACCCAACGUCCUGCCGCUGGGACAACUGGGGGCUCUGAAGGCCAGCCUGGCGUGGGACCAAGAUGAGUUCCCCCGAGGAACAGGCAUACCGUCUGCUGACCGAGUACACAAACGGGUUCAUGGUCUCCCAGGUUCUAUUUGCCGCCUGUGAGCUGGGCGUGUUUGACCUUCUCGCGGAGGCCCCGGAGCCCCUGGGUGCGGUGGUGGUGGCUGCACGACUGGGCACCAGCUCCCAUGGGACGGAACUCCUGCUGGACACAUGCGUGUCCCUGAAGCUGCUUCAGGCGGAAACCAGGAGGGGAAAAGCCUUGUAUCAAAACACGGAGCUCUCCAGCACCUACCUGGUCAGGGCCAGUCCCAAGUACCAAGGCAACAUGCUGUGUUACCUGGCCAGGACGACAUACCUGUGUUGGGGCCACCUGGCCCAGGCUGUGAGGGACGGCAAGAACCAGUAUCCAGAGGCAUUUGGGGUUCCUUCGGACGAGCUCUUCACCGCUAUCUACAGAUCUGAGGGCGAGCGGCUGCAGUUCAUGAGGGCUCUGGAGGACAUCUGGAGCAUCAGCGGGAGGCAUGUGCUGGCCGCCUUUGACCUGUCCCCAUUCCCGCUCAUCUGCGACGUUGGUGGCUGCUCUGGGGCUCUGGCCAAGGAGUGCACCUCUCUGUACCCCGGGUGUCAGGUCACCGUAUUUGACAUCCCCGAGGUGAUCCAGACAGCGAAAAAGCACUUCUCGUUCCUGGAGGACACGCGGAUCAGCUUCCGUGAAGGAGAUUUCUUUAAAGACCCACUUCCGGAGGCAGAUCUGUACAUCCUGGCCAGGGUCCUGCACGACUGGACCGACACGCGGUGCUCACACCUGCUGGCGAGGGUCCAUCGCGCCUGCAAGCCAGGCGGUGGCAUCCUGGUGAUUGAAAGCCUCCUGGAUGCAGACGGACGGGGCCCGCUGACCACGCAGCUGUACUCGCUGAACAUGCUGGUGCAGACGGAGGGCCGGGAGCGGACCCCCGCCCAGUACCACGCGCUCCUGGCUCCCGCCGGCUUCCAGGACAUCCAGUGCAGGAGAACGGGGGGCAUUUACGAUGCCAUCCUCGCCAGGAGGUAGCUCCCCGUAGGUCUGCAGCGACCGACCCAACUGACACCCUUGGUAACCGGCGGGGGGGGGGGUCUUUGUGAGCUUCGGCAUUUCUGGGGAGCUGACAGCGGAGUGGGGGUCUCUGCUGACUGUUGUCAACUGCCCAUCACGCUGUUGAUUCUGUCCUGUUCUAUUGUAUCCUGCUCUCUUGUGCUCUAUCCCAACCUGUUCUGUGUCUCCUACCCUAUUCCGUUCCAUUCUGCCGAAUUCUCUUUCAUUCUGCCCCAUUCUACUCCAUUUUCCUGGAUUUCUGCCAGCGUAGCGGACAAAAGUGUUCACCUGUGAGCCGCACCACAUGGUAUUUCGAUGCACGUACACGCUGGGCACAGAUGAGCGCCGUCGAGCUAACCCACAUACCUCCCGGGGUGACUCUUUUAUUGUUGUCAUCAAGGACAUUUCAGAUCUGCUGUCUCAGCAACGGGCAAGUGUGGGAUAGUCCGUGACCAUCAUCCUGCUGGACGUUACGGCCGCAGGACUCAUUCCGCUUCUCACGGGAGGUCUGUGCCCUGGGAGCGCCAUCCCCAGCCCCUGGGGACCGCCCUUCUGCUCUCCGCUUGAUCUCAGGUGGGGCAGGAGCACGUCCCAGGCUGCACGUGGGGGGCAGUGCUGCCCCGAGUGGGCACUGGGCCCCUGCGCCUUUUGCUCUCUGUACCCUUUUCGCCCACCUGGCCUUCCACAUCGGCAAACCGCGACUCUGUUCUCUGCGUCGAUGACCUUGGCUCUCGUGUCCUUUGAGGUCCCACAUACAAGUGAGACCACACGGCCUUUGUCCUUCUCUAUCUCCCUUGGCACCAUCAUGGGAACUUAUUUUCAUCUUUCUUUUACUGUGGCAAACUGGACGUGCUGUGGAAUUUGCCAUUUUUACCUUUUUCCGGUGCGCCGUGCAGUGGCCCUGAGCGGAGUGACAAUGCUGUGCGACCAUGGGCACCAUCCGCCUCCAGAACUUUCUCAUCCUUAAACGGAAGCCCUGUCCCCAUAAAGCACUAACUCCCUAUCCCUUCCCUGAGACCCUGGCCCCCAGCAUCUGAUGGUUCGUGUCUAUGAACUUGCCUGUUCUACAUGCAAUUGCAACGUUUAAACAAUGGAUGCCUCCACGCAUGUGUGUGUGUGUGUGUGUGUGUCUGUGUGUGUCUGUGUGUGUGUUUUUCCCCAAACACUAACUUCUUCAUCACCAGAUACCCUGAAUUUAGGGAUUGAGUUUCCCAGACAAGCCAAUACCCAUCCCACAUACUGGCAAGUGCUAUAGGAUUUAGGGAAUUACGACGGGCAACCCAUGGCUUCAAGGUGGCCUAUUAGAGUGUCCCGUGCCGGGAGUCCAGCCAGUUUGCUUAAAAACAGAGUCAUUCCUGGGUGUGGCCAGGCCUGGGGAGGUGCUGGUGCCCGGGCCUCUGAUCUCAGCAUCCGUGGCACUUGGCAGUCAUACCCUUGUCUCGGAGACCUGGACACAGCACCUGCGGGGACAAGAUCAUAGUUUUAACCUCCACAGGGCUGCAGGGGAACCCGUAGAUAAUCUUGACGCUGUAGGAGGUCCCUGUAAGCAGGAAGGACGCGGGUUGGCCAUGUCUAUUCCCAGAUUUGCCUCUGAGAGUAAGCUGACCUUGGGCAGGACAUCGGCCUCGUUGGACCUGCAGGCUUCCCAUUAAAGAACGGGACUGGUUAAUCUCUCAAGCCCCGUGUAUCUCACACCUUCUGUGAGUUUGCAGGGGUUGAAACCCAUGACUCUCAAAGGGGGUGACUUUGGUACGGUCUGGAGUCGUUCUUGGGCUGUCCCUUGAGGAGGAGGUCCUGCCUGCUCGUGGAGGGUGGGGACCAGGUACGAGGUUCAUCACCCUGCAUGGCCCAGGAGGCCCCAGACAGUGGUCCAGCCCCAGAUCUCCACAGUGCUGAAGCUGAGAGGGCCCGGGUUGACACGUGACCCCGUUGGAGCUUUGCCAGGGUCUUGGCUCUAGUGACAAGGUCGGGUUUCAGGGAUGCGUAGAACGCUGCCCCACCCUGGCCGGCUGAGGGCUUGAGUCAGGCUGACCUGACAGCGGGACAGCGGGAAGGCCGGCCCACGGAGGGUCCGCUUCUGCUCCGGGGGAGAUGGGGAUGCACAGCCGGUGCAAAACCUUCUUCCGAUGGUGCCAGCCAGCCAGCUCCGGGUCGCAGAGCGUGUUCUGGCCUCCGUGGGCCCCGGGUGGACUCUCCAGGAGUGGCCCUCCAGGGCUCCAGGAAACACCUGUUCUGACUUCGACCCCAUUGCUUCUCAGGACAGCCUGCAGGGCAGGAGAGGGGUGUGUGUGUGUGUGUGUGUGUGUGUGUGUGUCCUCCUGCUGUUGCCAUGGCAACGCGUGGACGGCUGGGGCCGGAGAUGCCCGUCUGUCAGCAGGUGGCGCCGUGGGGUCGCGGAUGGACCGGGCUCCCGCUUCCCGCACAGGCCCCGAAUCCAGCAGACAGCAGACCCCCCCAGAGAGAAGCAGCCUUUACUCCUUCAAACGUCAGGUGUGCUGAAAAGGAGAACAACGUCCGAAAGUGCCUCUCCAUCAUUUUCCGCUGUAAAGGACAAGUAGCAAUUAAUAGAAAUCACAAUACACACAAGGUAGUCCUCCACAAGGAGAGCAAGAGGCGGCUGGCUCCCUGUUGUAGACAGGGACGGCACCGCCCCACCUUCCUUUUCUGAGAGCGUUUGCUUCUGGAGAGUUCUUUCUCCAUCUCCUGUCCAUGUGCAAACCUUCAAGAAGCCUGGGCUGGUCUCGUGGCUCCAGGACCCGGGACCCCUUCGGGAACGUGGUCGAGGAACCAAACACCUUUCUCCAAGUUUGCUGGUGGAGGGACUGAGCCACGGAGGUGGGCGUCUUGCUCGCUCCCCCACAGGACCUUCCAACGAGGGGUCAGGGCAACGGAUGCAGAACGUUGACGUUAAUUCCCGUUAAUUAGCUGGACGUUGUGUUCCAGGUUUCAGCAGAGCAUUUCCUGAGGAAACCCUGGCAGGACACGUGUGCAUGGAAGGUGGGGAAGGAUGCUUCUUGCUUCCCUGCUCUGCCCCGCUGCAGACGCUGGUCCGGGGUCAGAUCCCGGGCGUUUCCUGUGUUCUGUGCACGGUCUGGGCUCAGCUUCCCUGCUCUCUGCCCAGCACGCUUGACAAAUGAGUCUGGAUCUGGGUUUCAGAGACCCAUCAAGGCGCAAUGAAACCAGACCAGAUGGUUCUCAUUGCAUUUCUCAUUGAACGUACGUGUUCCCGAGCCGCGUCCGGGACGCAGGGACAUGGACAGGGAGGCACGCUGCAGACCAUGAAACAGGGCAUACAGCCAAUGUCCCAUGAGGGCAGGGGGCUGGUCAGCUUCACCGAAGCCCCUUCCUUCUUCCUUUGCUUGCAAACACCCUGCCUCCCUGGUUUGCGGAAAACACACGGACGCUUGGAGAUAUUUUAAAAGCAAAUAAAAAACAAUGCAAAAGCCAAAACCACACCCAAAACUAGCAACCCAUGCUGACAGAGCUGAACCACAAACACAUCAUGCUUAGAGACAGAAGAUGCUCAGGAAAGGACACAACAGUGUACGGUUCCGUUUUUAUGAAAUGUGAGAAUAGAGUGCAUAGGAUCCCGUCAUCCCUCGUGGUGCCCCUGCAGCCACGUAGAUGCCCACGAGGUCCAAACCCUGAAGCAGAGCAUGAAACCGCAGCCCCCAGGGGAGCCUGGUCCACAAAAGAGCCUCUGCUCAGACUCCGGAGGCAGAGCCCAAGUCUCCAGACAAGGACGGGCUCCUAUGUCAAAAUCUUGCGUGUCCAAUGAUGAAAACCGCGUCCUCCCCGGGAUGCCACAUUCGUGUCUCCCCCAACUCGCAAACCCUCAGGAAUGACACCCGGGCUGAACCCCAGUGUCACGGACCCUGCAAACCCACUGUUUUUGUUGUUGUUGUUUCUUGUUUGUUUGUUUUUCUUGGAUACCACGAACUCAACAUUGUGUAAAGACCCCAGGUUCUAUCCGUUCACACGACGCGCCAUCUGCCUCUCCUGUCAUCAGAUGCACAGAGCACAGUUUGACAUGAAGAAUCCACGGAAUUAUAUCCAUGUGCCGAGAGCGACAGCUCCCCGGAGCUUGUGCAAAUUCCCCGCUGUGUGUUUGCCGCCGUGCAACCGGGACGCCUCCCGCAGACACUCACGGGUGUUUAAUAUCUUGUGUGUUCUGACAUCUGUCGGAGGUUUGUCCUGGGAACUUGGGGCCAGAGAGACUGUCAAUAGUUUGAGGACAACCGUUAUUAGACGUCCUCAGGUGGAGAGAGGUCGCGUGUGCUUUCCCUAUGGAGCGACACCAACAUUCCUUGAGAGGCACUUAUGGACAUCACGAUUUUAGGAAAGCCAUACGUCUUCCUCCCCAUCUAAGACAAGAGAUUGAUGGAAACAAAGAUAGUACAGAAAGGACCAGAAAAAAAAAAUUUUUUUAAAUAUUAAAACAUUGUUCAAAAUGUCUGCUUAAUCUUCUUAAGAUAGAUUGUAUUGUUUGGGACAGAUUCAUUGAGAGGGAAAGUCCCUGAAAAACACUGGGGCAUAUGGUCCCUUUGAGUUUAAAACCGUGUUUCAAAAGGUUGUGCCAGCAAGCUGGGACGUUCUUCCCUGUGUUUCUCCGACAGUAUAAGGUUCCACCGCAGGAGCGAAGUGAAUAUUUUCCAGAGGAAAUCCUCCUGUUCCUUGUAGACCAUCUCCUUAGGGUCUGCUCCUGCACAAGUGAGAACCCCUUUGCGUGUGGAGGGCAGGUGCACGAUGCCCCCCAUCUGGAGACUAGUGAUCUCUUGUCCAUUAUUUCUGCUACGACACCCCUGUCUUGUUUUUCCCCCAGCACUCCUGGAGAACCACCCUGUCUGUAGGAAAAACCACAUAGAAAUACGGUAUUGCAGGAAGGAGCGGUCACCAGCUCCAGAAACACAGCUGUGUGUGCAGAGCCCUCAUGCCCAGGAUCCGUGGCAUCCCCGGGACUGGCUGUGCCAACAUGGAUUUGCACCGAGGGUGCAGAUGCGCGCGGGGACCAGCCCGGUGAGAGCCGAGUGUCGAUGGGGAGGACGCGCCAGGGAAGAACCACCACCUGCCUCCCGGCACACAUUCUGCUGAUGGAGCGCUCUGGAGACGCCUUAUGGGAACCUCCCGAUCCAGGCUGAGCCUUCUCUGCCCUGCAUGAUUGACACCUGCCUGGCCCCAUGACAGAAUGACUUCCGGGGAGGCUCAGCCAAUGGGAGGCAGCGGUGGGACAGAAAGGGGCGGGGUCAGAGAGAGGAGCCGGGGUAAUUCUUCCUCCGCUCUUACCUCUUAGCCAGGGCUUGGCAGGUGCUUGGCUUCUCCGUGAGCCAACCCUCUUGUGCUUGCUUCUUGAGACCUGGGGGUGUAUUACCCUCUCUUGGGGGAUCCCCUUUCGCUGAGCCCACCUGCCAGAGUGUUGUCCCAUCUGUGGAGUCUAAGCCAUGGACCCACCCAGGAGGGAAGCAAUGGUUCCCUAAGUGCCAAGCUGUAUGACCAGGUAUUGUAUCUCCUUAUCCCAACUGGACAUGACCUCACCAGCUGAACAAAAUCGUCCUUUGUCACUUUUAUUUCGUGGGGGCACCUGGAAAGGUGGCUCAGUGGGGUAAGUGGACUCAGUCCGGCUUUGGGUUUCAGCUCAGAUCAUGCUCUCAGGCUCCUUGUCCCCCUCCUUUUC